UAAACUUGACUGUCAAAAUUAUUAUGACGUUUUCUUUUCGCAGAAAGAAUUAGUGUCGUAUAAUCGUGUUUAUUUAGUAAUUCUACUUUAAAACAAUUGAAAUAUGGCUGCUGAAAUCAAGCCUGCACCAAGGACACCCAACGAUAGGUUCUCUACUACAAAAAAACCUGCCCUUCUAAGCAAAUUGGAAGGCUGUACCGACGAUGUAAAUGCAGCGGUCGUUAUACCUGGCGAGGACGGUGUAAUUAGCGUUUGUGAUGAUAAAACAGUGCGAGUAUGGCUAAAGCGUGAUUCAGGGCAAUACUGGCCAUCUAUUUGCCAGUAUAUGCCAUCAGGGUGCACCUCCAUGUUCUACACGCCAGAGACAAGGCAACUCUUUAUUGGCCAGGAGAACGGAACAGUCUCCGAGUUCACAUUGGCAACAGAUUGUAAUAGGAUAAAUCCUGCUCGCGAGUAUUUAGCGCACACAGCUCGCGUGACUGCCGUGAACUUCUCUCUGAGCUGCGAAUGGGUACUCUCUGUAAGUCGAGACAAGUUGUUCGCCUACCAUUGCAGUGAGACUGGCAGGAGGAUCGGCGGGUACUCAUUCGAAGCAUGGUGUACGUCGUUGCAAUUCGACUCCCAGUCGAAAUACGCUUUUGUUGGCGACUACAGCGGCCAGAUAACGAUGCUGAAGUUAGAUAACAAUGGCGCCACGCUUGUUACUACGCUCAAGGGUCACACUGGUUCCGUAAGGGUGCUGAACUGGGCCCCCCUGCCUCAGCUGUUGUUCAGCGGGUCAUUUGACCAGACAAUAAUAGUGUGGGACAUAGGCGGACAAAAGGGCACAGCUUACGAACUACAGGGCCACAGCAACAAAGUAACAGGUCUAUGGUACGUGGGCAGCUGCGAGCGUCUGAUCUCAGCGGGCGAGGACGGCGCCCUCGGCGUGUGGGAGAUGGGGGUGAGACGCCGCGAGACGCCCGCCUGGAAGGAGUCCGACCUCUGCCAGAUAUGCCGAGCUCCCUUUAUAUGGAAUGUUAGAGCUAUGAUGGAGAAGAAGCAGCUUGGUCUCCGACAGCACCACUGCCGCUGGUGCGGCGCGGCGGUGUGCGCGGCAUGCUCGCCGCACCGGCUGCCGCUGCCCGUCAUGGGCUUCGAGUUCCCGCAGCGCGUCUGCACCGCCUGCUACGACACGCUGCGUCAUGAGCCUCGCGAAUCGCUCGCGUCGUUCCACGACAUGAAGCACGCGGUAUCGUCGCUGUACAUGGACGAGGCGACGGGCCGCAUGUGCACGGCCGGCAAGGACCGCGUCAUCAAGGUGUGGGACGUGGGCGUGCUGCUCGCGCCCGCGCCGCGCCCCUCCGCCGCCGACCAGUAGCCGCAUGUAUGUGUCCAGCUUUAUUAUAACAGUUCGAUUUUCAAAUUGGAACAGUUUUCUUUUUUUAUUAAUCACUCUUUCUUUUUUUAUUAUAAAAUUUUCAAUUUGAAUUCGGAAUCAAUAAAAGACAAUCGAUUCUUUUAUGAGUAUUAAAUAUUUUAUGUUAUUGAGCUUCUUAUAUUGGAAGAGAAAUCAAAAUGAAAUUAUAGAUUGAACUUCAUCGGGCUGUUCGCGUUAAUGUUAAUCUUUAUAGUCGUUAUAAUAUUAUUAUUUAAUGUGUAUCUAAUAUAUUAUCUAAUAUAUUUGUUGUUGAUAGUCCAACGAAAGUUUUGCUUUCUGUCACUUGUCGUGAGGUAAGACUGAGACUUUCCUUUCUGAAGUGUGUCGUUUAUUAUGGAUAGUAAAUACUAAAUAUAUUUGUGUCAUCAUAUUAUCAUAUAAAUGAUAUAAAAAUGAGACGGAGAUCUCAAAACUAUUUUAUAUGUGUGUGAUCAAAAAUAAUCGUCUUUCUAUAUAAUCUGAAACUUUCACACAUUGAGUGUACAUAAGUCUGUCAAUUGCUUUGAAUUACAUUCAUUAGUUAUCUAUCAUCUUCUAUGAAAGUUCACAGUCAAUCAUUUGAGAUAUUUCAUUUAUAUGUCUAGAAUAAAAUGUGGAACCAACGUUCUCGUGGGCGAAUGUUGUGUGAGAAAUAAGUGAGUUAAUGAAUUGUGUUCACGAUAUGGUCUGGGAGUGUGGUUACAUCAUUGUUGCAUGGUAGGGCCCCUUUACUCUGCAGUCUCCCAAACGGCGUUCUAUACACUGCGAAUAUUGCUAGCGAAACAAACGGUAUUCAUAACUCUUGCGCAUUUGUAUAGCAAUAAUUUGCAUUGUGUAACCAGCCUAAAUAUAUUAUAAUUCCGUUGCUAUGGAAACGGGCUGCUACCAAAACACCCACAAAACCUAUCUUUAUUUAGAUCUUCAAAUAUUUCAAAAGCAUAUUUAGAGCUGCUCUAGUCCAGAAUAUAUUUAAGCUUCGUAGAAUCAAGCCGCGUUUAGUGGUGACAACGAAUCAUAUAGCAUUAGGUAUCAUAUCGAUAAAAAGUUUCAUAAAAUCAUCUUUAUCGACUUUCAUUUACUUUAAUGCAGCUCAAAUAGACUAACGUUUGAUAUAGUUUUGUCUAAAUAAAGCUUAGCUUAUGGGGGUGUUUCAACGUGUGACAAUAGAUCUCAGUUUUCAUCAAGGGUGGCUUUAAUUAUCGAUACAGAGGUCUCUUAGAGCCCCAACUGACUGCAGAUUAAAGUUUCCGCCGAUUAUCCUUAUAAAUACCUUUGAUGAAAACUCUAUAUAAUAUUGUUAGCGUUCAUACGAGUACUGUGUUAAACGUUUAGAUAUUACACUACAGUAGUUAUGUAUGGCAUUACAAUAUUAUUUACUUUUUUAAUUUCGAUAAAUUAUAAUUCCAAUGUAUUCUAUUUUCUAUUCCAACUUGGCAUUGCUAAACAGAGUUAUUUGUAUUUUAAAUAAAUUUUCUUAAUCAUAAACAUUAUUUUAACUUAUUAUAUUUGAUAUUGUGACAUAAUUAUUGUAACGGACUAAAAUUUAAAUUGUAUUUAUUAAGAAUAGUUUUGGUUUAAUAUAUUUCAUAAAUAUAUUUUCAUAAAUUGAGCUAAUUGCAUUACUUCUACUAGGUACUUUACAAUGUACGGAGAUCGUUUUGAUAGUUCGUACAAUACUUAUUUGAUUAACACUAUUGAAUCUGACAAUAAAUAUGUUAUAUGAUCUACCCCUAUAAAAUAGUGAUGUGCACUGUCAUCAUUUAUCGACACUAUUGUUACAUAGAAGAAACCUAUCGAUCUAAUCGGGAAUUUAAUGGAAAGGUGCUUUUAUGUCAAGUCACCCUGUAUAGGUAUGUUGUCAGUUGUUUAAUGUUGUCAACGAACAAAAUAUAGUCUUCUCAGCUUAGUGCUCCGCUUUCGAAAGCACCGAUUGGCCGCGCCCGUCAUUUACCAAGUAACUGUUGGUAUCAUAUAACUUUUCAUUUUGAAACAAGUUUUGACAUUUUCGGCGUGGACCAAUUGAACUUUUAUAAAAUAAAAAAAUAAUCCUUGUAUAAACUUAGGUAAUCUAUCGUAAAGUGUGUCCGAGUAGGUCAGAAAAUUGUUUAAAGUUCUGUAAUUGAGUGUUGUAUAAAAAUGUAUAAAACAAAUUUAGAGGUAUUAGCCGGUGCCUUGAGUUAGAGAAGUGGUGCCUGGGGGUGUGGAAACAGUUGAACAACGACAUAAGGCAUUGUUUAGGUCAAACGUACUGUCGGUCGCUGACUGUGAGCGCGCGCGCAGUUUGUCACUUCCAUAAAUCCACUAGCUAUACGCUGUUCCGCAGUGUGUUGUCGCUGACUCUCGGUGUAGCAAACUUACAGUAGGCGGCGUACACUACGCUUGUUGUGAACGAUGCCUAAGUCUCCCCUUUCCGCGCAGAUGACAUCGUUAAUCACUCAGGUUAGGCACCGGCUUAUAAAUAAUAUACACAAAAAUAUAAAUUGAAAACAUUUAUUAAAUACGUAACAUAUUAUGCUAUGUAAAUUAUUUAGACAUGCUUUCCUAGUUAUGAAUAAUGCCAAAAUUGUUUAGAUAUUUGUAUUCAACAGUUCUAACGAAAAUUGCACGUUUACAAUACCUAUAUUCAACUAUUUUCUAUUAUUUAUAAUUAUCUUUUUUACUGUAAUGAUAACAUUUGUCAUACUCAAGGGCUUUGCAUCAUCCUAAACUAAUGUGGAAUUAUACUACAUGUGUCUACCUACUUCAAUGUGACAAGUAUUAUCAUGAACUGGUUUGUAAAGAUUCGCUUAUAAUUUUUGUUAAUUUAAGGUCGAGGAUAUAUUAUCUAUAUUAAUAUAAAUAAAUAAAUUAACUAUUCUUUUAUGUCGUUAAAA